GGGAGGUCAGUGGUGUCAUUCUAGUAUAUUAUCCAGCAUAAACCAUGAGUGGCUGUCCUUUUAUGGGAAGAAAAUACAACUUUAAUCAGCUUUCGCUGGAAGAUAAAAACAAUGAUGAACAUUCACAAGACGGAAUAAACAAAGCUAGUAAAGGUGGACUAAUAUAUGGUGAUUAUCUACAACUUGAUAAAAUAUUAGAUGCUCAAGAGCUACAAAGUGAAAAGAAGGGAAAUAAAAUUCAUGAUGAACAUCUUUUUAUUGUUACCCACCAGGCCUAUGAACUUUGGUUCAAACAGAUUCUGUGGGAAUUGGAUUCAGUCCGGGAAAUUUUUCAAAAUGGACAUGUGAGAGAUGAAAGAAACAUGCUUAAGGUUGUGACACGAAUUCACCGGAUAUCAAUUAUCUUGAAAUUACUAGUGGAACAAUUUUCAGUUUUGGAAACAAUGACAGCAAUGGACUUUUUUGACUUCAGGGAGUACUUGUCUCCAGCCUCUGGGUUUCAGAGUUUGCAGUUUCGGUUAUUGGAGAAUAAAAUCGGUGUCCCGGAAAGUUUGAGAGUUCCAUAUAAUAGAAGGCAUUACCGUGACAACUUCAAAGGAAAGGAGAAUGAAGUGCUUCUGAAAUCUGAGGAAGAGCCGACACUUUUGGGAUUAGUACAGGCAUGGCUGGAAAGGACACCUGGACUGGAAGAAGCGGGUUUCAAUUUCUGGGGAAAGUUUCAAGUUAAUAUAUUCCAAGGACUUGAUGAAGAACUUUCUGCAGCAAAGGCUAAGCCAGAUUCAGAAGAUAAAGAAGAGCAGCUGGCAGAACUUCAGAAACAAAAAGAAGUGUUUGUUGCUUUAUUUGAUGAGAAACGCCAUGAGCAUCUUCUUAGUAAAGGAGAUAGGCGGCUGUCUUAUAAAGCGCUAAAAGGGGCUUUAAUGAUCUACUUCUACAGGGAAGAACCACGGUUUCAGGUUCCAUUCCAACUUCUCAAUUCUCUUAUGGAAAUAGACACUUUGAUGACUAAAUGGAGAUAUAAUCAUGUGUGCAUGGUGCAUCGAAUGAUUGGCAGCAAAGCUGGCACAGGAGGCUCAUCAGGUUAUCAGUACUUACGCUCAACUGUAAGUGACAGGUACAAAGUAUUUGUGGAUCUUUUCAACCUCUCAACAUACUUAGUUCCAAGGCACUGGGUACCUCGGCUGAAUCCAAGCGUUCAUAAAUUUCUUUAUACUGCAGAAUGUUGUGACAGUUCCUAUUUCAGCAGUGAUGAUUCUGACUAAAAUUAGGAUUUUGUACAUUGUAAGAUAAAUAAAUAUAUAUAGAACAGCAAACCCAUUACCUCAAAUCUUCAAAAGUGUAUGUAUUGUUAAUAUAGUAUAUAUAACAAAUGUAUACAAUUUAUUUAUGUUAAGUAGAAAUAAUUUAUGUGUAAACUUAAAUCACGCUACAUAUUGCCAUUUGGUAAAUAAAGUAUUCUGCAUAGUUUUUUGUAUAGGUAUUUUGUAAAUAUAAUAUUUGUAGUAAUGUAUCUCUUUAUUUAUGUCAGUAGCAAUUUAUUUUAAAAAUCCUAUUAUUACAUUUUAAAUAUUGAGCAUAAAUCAACACAAACAUUUGCAAAUACCAAAAAAAUAAUAAUAAUAAAAAUAAAAUAUAGCUGCAAGCAGCAAUAGAGGUGGCCAGCGCAUUAUAUUUGCAAUGCCAUAUAAGUAGUUAUGUCACAAAAUAAAGCUAUAUAACAACUGUUUACAGUUCUAACAUAAGCAUUUGGAAAAAAAACACAUUUUCGAAAUGUUUGCGUUUUUUAAAAUGGCUGCCACACCAUAUGACCUAUACUUUCAACAUGAACAAAUGUAACUCUAGGUGACAAUAUAUGGUUAUACAGCAAAUUUCACAGUUUUAAAAUAAGCGGUUGAAA